CAUAGCCAAAGAUGCUGCUGGAAGCAGUUACCAUGGCGACCAGAUAGAGAAGGGAUGUGAGAAAGGGAGAGAAAGGGAGAAAAAAAUAAAGACAGAAAAAGCAGAAGGAAAAAUAAGGACACGGAAUAACAAUAAAGGAAGAGAACGAAGAGGAAUGUCCGAAUCCGGUGCGGGGGGCAGCUCUGUGUACGAUACCAGCUCGCUGCUGCAGUAUUGUAAUGGUGAGUGCUGCGUAUCUAUCUAUUCUGGGUCUCUACACAUUUUAUUCUUUCCAAAGGGCAUCUAUGAAAUCUCUAGGGUUUGUUGGGGAGGCGGAAAAUGAGAAACAGCCUGGCUGACUUUUAGGGGACAGCAGAGCCUGGUACCUAGACUAUCUGAUUGUAAGGGACGCCAAGCCCAGCGCACAGUAAAGGGCAUCUAAGCCUGCAGAACAAGUGAUUUUGACAUCUGUAAUAGCUUAUUGGAUUGAAUGCUGGAUUACAACUCCUAUUGUUAAAGGUGGAGGGUGGCAUAAAAAAUGCGCCCUGUAGUAUAAAGUCUAAAACCUCUGGGACUGUACGGUGAAUGAAGAGAGCAUGGUACAGGUCCCGGGUAAAGGGGGAGGGGUGAUAGCAUUCUGUGGUGGGGGGGGCACAACAUGACACCUCUAGGAUAGGGGAGAGAAAUGAGCCUAGUACCGAUCUACACAACUCUCAAACACUAAUUAGUAAUUAACUCAAUGAAAACACAUUCAUCUAUUAAUUAGGAAAUAGCACAUUGUCUGUUCAUGCUUGGCAAUCACCGAAGAUAGCCUAGGGGCAUCUCUAACCGCUGGGUUACUCUCUUUGCAGAUGAUGGCCUCUCGGGUCCCAGUGCGAUGGACACAGACGAUCGAAUCUCUAACCUGGAACAACGUCUCCAGCUCCAAGAGGACGAAAUGCAGGUUCUGCGAGCGGCGCUCAGCGAUGCCCUGAGACGGCUGAAGGUGUGCGAGGAGAGAGGAGAUCCCCUACGGGGGAGACAGGGUGAGGCACUGCUGGGUGCCAGAGCAGAAAACGGUCAUUUUGUGCGGCUGUGCUCUGCAGGGGUAAAACAAGUGAGGAAGGUCUGGCACAGGAUGCUAUAUGAUUUGUCACUGUGUGGACACCAUGUAGGGCAAAUAAGGUGAGGGGAUGCCUGGUGCAGGAAGAGGAAGGGGUAUGUCUAUGUGAUUGUGAGGUGCUGGGAGAUGCUAAGUGGGGCGAACAGGGUUAGUGGUUUGUGAAUAAGGGAGGAAAGGCAUUUUUUUGUCAUUGUGCAAUGAUGGGAUAAGGGGUAGUUGCUGUGUUGUGUUGGUAAUUGAUUUCUGGGGAGAGUAGGGAGGUGGUUUAGGAAUGAAUGCUCCCUGAGCGCGGGGUAUGAGAUACAAAAGACACUCGGUGUGGGAAGUCAAUGAGAUGCCACGCUGAGAGCAAAGGGUUAAUUGCUAAACAAGGGAAGCAACGAGAGGGAGCCGAGUGGCAAAACACAGAUAACAUACAGCAUGAGAAACAUGAUUUACACACGCAAGUUGUCUAGGGGUGAAUAACCAACCACCAACCUGCCAAAAUGUGUAAUAGUUUGUUUUGUGUUAUUAAAUUACCCCCUUGAUAACAUUGUAAAGCGCUGCGGAAUAAGUUGGCGCUAUAUAAAUGCCUUUAGUAAUAAUAAUAAUAAUAGAUUAACUGGUAUUACAGUCUCUCUAAACCAGGAGACAGGCUUUGCAUCAUGGGAGAUGUAGCACACAGCAGAUAGAUGUUACAUGCCCCAGAUUAACCCAUGUUGCUGGCUUUAUUCACACCACACAACAUUUCAAAUGGGCAAAUAGGGACACUUUUAUAGGAUUGUGACUGUGGGUGUGGCCAAGGGAGGGGCUGUUCUGAGACAUUUUAGGUGACUUGUUGAUGGCAAAUUAUAUAACUAAAGUGUAUUUUAGAACAAGAAAAAUCAAUCGUAUUCACACGGACUGAUUUCUAAACAUAACUAUUUUAGGAAUCAUUAUUAUUAUUAUUAUAGGCAUUAGCGCCAACCGAUUCCACAGCUCUUUAGAUUAUUAUUAAUGGGAAUUUAAAGGACCACUAUUGUGCCAGGAAAACAUACUCGUUUUCCUGGCACUAUAGUGCCCUAAGGGUGCCCCCACCCUUAGGGCCCCCCUCCCGCCUGGCUCUGGAGAGGGGAAAAGGGGUAAAACUUACCUUUUUCCAGCGCUGGGCGGGGAGCUCUUCUCCUCCGAUCCUCCUCCGUUCCUCCCCGUCGGCCGAAAGCGCACGCGUGGCAAGAGCUGCGCGCGCAUUCAGCCAGUCGCAUAGGAAAGCAUUAUUAAUGCUUUCCUAUGGAGGCUUGCGUGUUCUCACUGUGAUUUUCACAGUGAGAAUAACGCAAGCGCCUCUAGCGGCUGUCAAUGAGACAGCCACUAGAGGAUUUGGGGGAAGGCUUAACCCAUUCAUAAACAUAGCAGUUUCUCUGAAACUGCUAUGUUUAUAAAAAAAAAUGGGUUGACCCUACCUGGACCUGGCACCCAGACCACUUCAUUAAGCUGAAGUGGUCUGGGUGCCUAGAGUGGUCCUUUAAUAACGAAUGAGAAAAACUAUUUCAAAUUUGGACAUAAACUAUAGGUUAAUGAGGACCAUGCUCAAACAAGCUUACAUAACUAUUGUAUUGUUUUUAAAGGGAUACUGUAGGCACCCACACCACUUCAGCUAAUUGAAGUGGUCUGGGUGCAGUGUCCCUAUUGCACUUAGUGCUGCAACGUAAAACAUUGCAGUUCCAGAGAAACUCUAAUGUUACCAUUGCAGCACUAAGUCUGCCCUCUGUGGCUGCUUACCAGACAGCCACUAGUGGGCUUCCGGAAUCCAAACGGACCUUUGGUCCGUUAUCUGACGCUGGACAUCCUCACGCUCUGCAUGAGGACCUCCAGCGUCAGAUUUUACCCAUAGGAAAGCAUUGAAUAAUCCUAAUUUCGAGUGUGAGCAUUGACGCGCAUGACAAUUAGGUCUCCCCCGGCAACAUCAGAGGAGGUGACUUGUUGAUGGCAAAUUAUACAACUAAAGUGUAGUUUAGAACGAGAACAAUCAAUCGUAUUCACACGGACUGAUUUCUAAACAUAACUAUUUUAGGAAUCAUUAUUAUUAUUAUUAUUGGCAUUAGCGCCAACCGAUUCCACAGCUCUUUAUAUUAUUAUUAAUGAGAAUUUAAUAACGAAUGAGACAAAAUAUUUCAAAUUUGGACAUAAACAAUAGGUUAAUGAGGACCAUGCUCAAACAAGCUUACAUAACUAUUGUAUUGUAUUUAAAGGGAUACUGUAGGCACCCAGACCACUUCAGAUAAUUGAAGUGGUCUGGGUGCAGUGUCCCUAUUGCACUUAGUGCUGCAACGUAAAACAUUGCAGUUCCAGAGAAACUCUGUUUACAUUGCAGCACUAAGUCUGCCCUCUGUGGCUGUCUACCAGACAGCCACUAGAGGGCUUCAGGAAUCCAAACGGACCUUUGGUCUGUUAUCCUACGCUGGACGUCCUCACGCUCUGCAUGAGGACCUCCAGCGUCAGACUUUCCCCAUAGGAAAGCAUUAAAUAAUCCUAAUUUUGAGCGUGAGCAUUGACGCGCAUGACAAUUAGGUCUCCCCUGGCAACGUCAGAGGAGCACGGGCGGAACCUGACCCAGCGCCGAGGGACAUUUGCGCUGGAUUUAGGUAAGUUGCUAAAGGGGCUUUAACCCCUUCAGCGCCGAGGGAGGGGGACUCCUUAGAAACCUAUAGUGCCAGGAAACCGGCUUUGUUUUCCUGGCACUAUAGGAUCCCUUUAAAGGACCACUAUAGUGCCAGGAAAACAUACUCGUUUUCCUGGCACUAUAGUGCCCUGAGGGUGCCCCCACCCUCAGGGACCCCCUCCCGCCCGGCUCUGGGGAGAGGAAAAGGGUAAAAACUUACCUUUUUCCAGCGCUGGGCGGAGAGCUCUCCUCCUUCUCUCCUCCUCCGAUCCUCCCCGCCGGCUGAAUGCGCACGCGCGGCAAGAGCUGCGCGCGCAUUCAGCCGGUCUCAUAGGAAAGCAUUCAUAAUGCUUUCCUAUGGACGCUGGCGUGCUCUCACUGAAAAUCACAGUGAGAAGCACGCAAGCGCCUCUAGCGGCUGUCAAUGAGACAGCCGCUAGAGGAAAUAGGGGAAGGCUUAACCCAUUCAUAAACAUAGCAGUUUCUCUGAAACUGCUAUGUUUAUAAAAAAAAUGGGUUAACCCUAGAAGGACCUGGCACCCAGACCACUUCAUUAAGCUGAAGUAGUCUGGGUGCCUAGAGUGGUCCUUUAAUUAUUCUAUUGGAGCUCUGUUAUACACUCAGCCACACGAACAAUAUGAAAUUCCUCGAAAGAAGGACAUUAGGAUAGAAAAGAAGGACAGAGGGAUUUGGACUCAUAAAAGGGACACUUUGGAAGUAUCAGUACCUCCUUCCAUUUUGUUAAAAUUAAAUUAAGACAAGUAUUACUCUGCCCUAAUAUUUGCAAUUUUUCAGAAUAUCCAUUUUGGUGAGCAACCCUGUAAAUUGUAAAAAUAAUUCAAUGUGGCUAAGUUCUAGGCUAUAUCUAGGCUAUUGUAGCCUAAUUUAAGAAAGGCAAUUAUCAGUAAAUAAUCUGGGUUUAUAAAAAGCGUACGACAGUUAACUGAACACAAAAUUGCAAAAUUCAGGCAAAAAUAGCCACACUCUGACUACAGAAGAGUUGCAGUAUUGUUCUAAAUCAGAUAUUUUGGCUAACGUUUUGCAAUUAGGUUUCCAAUUAACUACUAUUCAGUGUUUUUUGUAAAACCAUACAGUUUCUGAGUUUUUCAUGUGUAUAUUCCAGGCCCCCAUGUGGUGAAGCCCCCUCCUCGCUCUGCACAGAAUGGUGUAGCCCUACGCCGAAGAAGUGGUCUUUCUACCUCCCCAUCAUCCCCCAAAAAGGGGGGUGCCCCAAUCUUCACAAAGAGGUAUUCUGCCUUUCUCUCUCUCUAUUUAACCCCUUCUCUCUCACUCACACAUUGGGGGAGAUUUCCCAAAAUAUUCUGUCCAGCUACUAAAAAGUGCAGCAAUUAUUGUGGAAACCAGUGAAAAUAGUGGGUAUAUAAAUUUGGUGACACCUCUCCUUUUUAAUUUUUUUUUUCACCACUUUUUGAAAGAGGACACCAUAAUAAAUCUCCCCCUUUGUUUCUUUAUAGUCUCAGACGCGCCCUCUCACCUGAGAGACUGUCCGUCCUGAAGCGAGAUGGAUCAGAUGCCAGGAACCGAUUGCUGGCAUCUAGUGGUAUAAGAAGAGACGGGUAAGUCUGAGACAGAUAAUUAUACCCUGAUUGGUAUAAAAAUAUCAGCACUUAUUGGAAACCUGUGAUUAUGUGCCACUUGUUUGUGUUUACCCUUUGGAAACCUGUGCUCAUGUGCCACUUUGUGCCAAUCUUUGUGUACUUAGCAACAUCUGCCAUAAUGUGCUACCAGAGUGUGUGAUCUGGAACCGUGAGAUAAUACGCUGCUAGAUUAUCAGGGUUUUUACUAAAAUAAGAAUUGUCUGGAAUUCAAAGUGAGUUUCAAAUUUAAGGCCGAAAUAGCCAAACUGGAAAAAUUACCCCAAGUCAAUUAUGUUUCCAAUUCAGCUACUUUGGCCUUAAAAUUUGAAAUUCACUUGGAAAGUCCAGCCAAUCCUCACUGGUGUAAAUACCCUGUGUGUGAUUGUGCAUUCUCCCUAUAGAGCCUUGAUCAUCCGACACUACAUUUGCUAUUUUUUUUUAUUUUUUUUUUGUGCGAUCAUCUGUAACCUGUAAUAAUAUCACAGACACUGAAAUGCCCCAAAUUCUUAUUAUUAUUGGCAAUUAUAUAUUAUAAAGGGGGAAAUUUAACAAUAAAUGAGACAAUUACAAAAGGUUACAGGAACAAUAGGUCGAUGAGGACACUGCUCAAACAAGAGAAAUGGUGACCAAUUCCUGCUAUUGUGAAAUUAGUGCGUGUCAGCAGAGGAUGGGACCCUAAUGUAAUGCACAGACAAAGGGCAGAUUGAGACCUUACUGUGAUGGAAAUGGUAACAUAUAGAGACAGAGCGAUAUCAGGGCCGUCUUUAACGCGGGGCAAACGGGGCAGCUGCCCCGGGCCCUGUCCCUGCUGGGGGGCCCGAGGUAACUACCCUGUUUGCCCUCUGCCCGCAAACUAUGGGGGCCCAUCGGGUGGCCCAUGCACUUAGGGCCACCCGGUGGGCCUGUGUCAGCAGGGGCCCGGUCGGGCGCUGUGGCGCUUUAACAGCGCGACCGGGCCCUUGCUUUUCGGCAGCACUGGGAGGAAGUGACAGCCGUGCGUCACUUCCUCCCACAGAAACAGGAGCCGCGCGGGAGGAAGGCGGACCAGCUGUUCCGGAGGGGGCCAGGCCGGGAGCUUAACUCCCAGCCACCCCAGCCAGCCCACUGGACCCCAGGGAAGCCACCCUCCAGGAAAAGGUAAGAAACUGGAGGGUGGUUAUCAAAGUCUGUCAGUGUAUCUGUAUGUGUGUGUGUGUCUGUCAGUGUCUGUGUGGUUCAGUAUGUCUGUAUGUGUGUAUGUCUGUCAGUGUGUCAGUAUGUCUGUGUGUGAGUCUGUCAGUGUCUGUGGUUCAGUGUGUAUGUGUGUUUCAGUAUGGCUGUCUGUGUAUGUCAAAAUGUCUGGAUGUGUGGUUGUCUGUCAGUGUCUGUGUGUAUGUGUGUUUCAGCAUGUCUGUCUGUCUUUAUGUGUGAAUGUGUGUUUCAGCAUGUCUGUCUGUAUGUGUGUAUGUGUGAUUCAGCAUGUCUGUCUGUCUGUCUGUGUGCCAGUAUGUCUGUCAGUGUGUCAUUAUGUCUGUGUCUGUGAGUCUGUCAGUAUCUGUGUGUUUCAGUAUGGCUGUCUGUAUGUGUGUAUGUGUGUUUCAGCAUGUCUGUCUGUAUGUGUGUAUGUGUGUUUCAGCAUGUCUGUCUGUGUGCCACUAUGUCUGUCAGUGUGUCAGUAUGUCUGUGUCUGUGAGUCUGUCAGUGUCUGUGUGUUUCAGUAUGGCUGUCUGUGAGUUUCAAAAUGUCUGUAUGUGUGUAUAUCUGUCAGUGUCUGUGUCUGUGUGUUUCAGUCUGUCUGUGUGUGUGUGCCAGAAUGUGUGUAUGUCUGUCAGUAUGUCUAUGUGUGAGUCUGUCAGUGUGGUUCUGUAUGUCUGUGUUUGUCAAUAUGUCUGUCAAUGUCUGUGUGUAUGUGUGUUUCAGUAUGUCCGUCUGUCUGUGUUUAUAUGUGCCAGUAUGUCUGUCAGUGUAUCUGUAUGUCUGUGUGUGUGAGAGUCCAUCAGUGUCUGUGUGGUUCAGUAUGUCUUUGUGUAUGUGUGUUUCAGUAUGGUUUUCUGUGUGUGAGUCUGUGUCAGUACGUCUGUCAGAAUGUGUCUCUGUAUCUGUAUGUUGUCCAUUUGUAUUUGUGUGUGUAUCUGUAUGUGUCAGUGUUUGUAUCUGUAUAUCUGCAUGUGUGUCAGGUUGUGUAUCUGUGUGUCUGUCUGUCAGUGUGUGUGUCGGUGUAUCUAUAAGUAGUCAGUGUGUGUACCUUUGUAUCUGCAUGUAUGUCAGUGUUUGUAUCUGUGUGUGUGUCUAUGUGUGUGUCAGUGUAUCUAUAUGUAGUCUGUGUGUAUCUGUGUGUUCUUGUGUGUAUCUAUCUAUAUGUGGUCAGUGUGUAUCUGCAUGUGUGUCAGGUAGUGUAUUUGUGUGUAUCUAGACGUAGUCAGGGGGCCCAAGUAAAUGCUCGCCCAGGGUCCAAUCUAAAUUAAAGACGGCCCUGAGCGAUAUACAUGGAGGGACAGCUGAAUACACAGACCUGUGUUUGGCUGUGAAAAGGAGGGAGCUCUAUACACUGUGGUCACAUCUCCUAUUAUAAGCAAACAAUCUAGAACAUACAUGAACACACACACCCUCUACCGCAGGUGAUUUAAUUAAAGGGACAGUAUUGGAAAAUAGGACCUCCUAUUCUAAAGCAGCCCUGUCACGCUGUUCCCUUUUUUUGUUUUCCUUUCCUUAUGAUCCUUGUAUUUUAAUGAUUAUAUCCCCCCUGCCUUUAUUAAUAUUUAUUAUCAUUAAAUCCCUAGACCAGCCAUUUUGUUCCCCACUGUCCAUGAUGUCUGCUGUUGUCUCUUCUCUGACCAGCUGUGUGAGGCAUUCACAUGCUGCAAGGUUCCUUCAUAAUUAAUGGCUUAUUUUCCCUCCUGCAGCAUUUGAUUACUACAUACUACAGGAUAACACGUUAUUACAUGCUACCCGUCAACAUGUAUGAGUUAUACGUGUUCAGCAAAAUGUUAUUAUUUAAACAAGCAUUUACUUUUUUGCAUUUAAACCAAAACAAUUACACAAAUAAAAUCCUAAUAUAAACUAGGGCAGAGAUCUCAGUUUGAGUAUUAAUUUUACCACACAGACCUGCCAUUUAAACCACUCAGUAAUCCUCUGGGGCCUAGUAUAUAUUGGUAGGUACAGGAGCAACCCCCUGCCUGAUACCAGCAGUGUAACACAGACAGUAUACAGUUAUAAUUCUGAGCUCCUGUAAUCUCCCCUCCCUGUCACAGAUGGGAUGGGUGUAACUCUUUUGACAAUUUCUGAUGAAGGGGGGGAGUGUCUGUUUGCACUAGGAAGUGAUGUCUGCUUGCUGAAACAGGGACACACAGAACCAGGCAGGAUGAAGAAAGCAUCCAGGUAAUUUUUACUGGGUGUUUACUAAGACCCCAGGCACCUCACUACUCCCAUCACCCUCAGGCUGUUAAGUUACAGUAGUCAGCUGAAUGAUUGGUGUCUGUACUGCUGCAGUAAACUGUGUAGAUACUUGUUUGUUUAUUUUUCUGAAUGUAAUGUGAUUGUCAGUAAUAUUAUUUCUGUUUUUUUUUGCAGUAAAAGCAAACAGGUGGUAUUCUAUCCAGGUGAGUCCCCAGACUGUGUGUGUGUGUGUGUGUGUGUGUGUGUACAUUUUAUUUGUUGAUACAAUGUCACAUUUAAGGCCCAAAUAGUUGGAUUGAAGUUGUGUGUGGUGUUUUUUUUAAUUUGGGUGCUUAGACCUUUUGGCUGUAAAUUCACUUUGGAGUCCUGACACUUCACUUCAUAGUUUCCUGAAUAACAGAGUUUGUCUAUAAUAUGGAGUACGUUUUAUAUCGCAAUGUAUCUGUGGUUAGGAUGAUUAGUGUGUCCCUCCAAGUCUUAUCUCCUUACCCCACCCUGAUCUAUACUGCAGCUCUGACAGACUGGUCUUAUUCCAAAACCACUUACACAGCAUCACACGCUUUUACUAUCAUUUUAUAUAAAUCGCAAGAUUCCCACAGAUUUGUUCUGUAUUUUUAUUUUUUCUCUUUGUUUAUCCAUCAUUUGAUCAGAUUAGUUUGUUAUAAUUCCUUCCAGGACGGGCACAGCACCAGAUAUAAAGCAGUCAUGGUCCGUCUAUAUAUUUCGAAGUUUUCUGAAUAGCUGUCUUUUUUGGGGGGGGGUGGGGGGGAAAUAUACAGGAUUAAGUGCACAGCGGACUUGUGAAAAUUAUUUUCUGUUUUGAUCUGACAUUUCAAAUCAUUUAAUUCCCUUGCUACAUUCAUUAUUUAACACCGACAGUUGUGCUAGUUGCACUGGCUGCUCUUUGUGUAAUGAUCCCUUGGACAGGUAGGAUUUGGCCAAAUAAACUUGAGCAAUGUAUAAUUUGAUGCUGUACUCUACCAGGCUGCCAUAUCGUGUUUCUAAGCACCAUCACAACAUUGUAUGACUGCAUAGAGUACCUCGCACCCACUACCAGCUCUGUAAAAAAUCCCCUGCAGCUCUAAGCUGUUUCUACAGAGCUAAAAAGAAGAGUUCAGCGCUGUUUAUUGGUAUAUUAAAUCCUCUUUAUUGUUGUAAGACAAUGGUAGCUUAUUUCCCUGGUUAUGAGGUUGGUCUGUAGCUGCAGACAGCCUCACUAAACUGUUCAUCAGCUGGUCUUUUCAAUAACUUAUUAUUAUUAUUAUUAUAUAUUUUUUUAAUUUAAAUCCUAAUUUUGGUUUGAGAUUUUAUUUUUUUUUUGUCUUAAAUACAGUAAUGCUUUUUACCCCGUCAUUCAAUCAUUCACACACAACACGCAGUAACCAUCAAGUUAGCAUGAGUUGGUGAAAUUGCAGUAGAAUCUGACUCAACAUGUCUGUCUGCUCAACCAAACAGAAAGUGAAAAAAAUCAUUAAGUUUCAUUAAAUGUUUAACCCCUUAAGGACACAUGACAUGUGUGACAUGUCAUGAUUCCCUUUUAUUCCAGAAGUUUGAUCCUUAAGGGGUUAAAGGAACACCAUAGUUUUAGAAUACAAAGCUGUAUUUCUAACACUAUAGUGUCCCUCUGCCACUGUGCCUCCUCCCACCCCUGGCGAACAAAGGGUUAAACACUUUUUUUCACUUCCCUGAUUCCAAUGCUGAAGUCCCUCAGCACUGGAUCAUUCUCUGCCUCCUCCUAUGUGAGCGAUGGGGGAACCUAAUCUGCAUGUGCAGAGAUCACAGGGAUCAUUAGCCUUCCCCAAAGGAAAACAAUAAAGUAAUGCUUCCCUAUUGGGACUUUUAAGAUGCUAGUCUUCCUCAUGCAAAUGGGAGACUGCCACAAGGGGCAGCCUUAACCUUGCAAUGUAAGUAUUGCAGCUUCUCUGAAACUGCAGUGAUUUACAUUGCAUGGUUAAGAGGAAAGGGACACUGCACCCAGACCACUUCAACGCCUAUAAUGCCCCUUUUAAUAUAUUAGUUGUGAAAUGACAGUUGUCCUCUAAAGGGACAUGUGCGUAGGUAGAUGGGACUGUGUAGUUGGGAACUCAUUAACCCCUCCCUUCCAUUUACCUGUCCUAAAUAACAAGACUACAAAUAUACUUGGUGACAAAAACAGGCCACAGCUUUAUUAAAUAACAGAUGUCAUUAACAUCAACCUAAAACAUAUGAAUGUAAUAUAAAUGUAUAUAAACCACUUCUAACAGAGUACAACCUUGUCAACCUAAUCCUAAAACCUGGGCGCGUGUCCUCCCACUCGUCCUAACCACCAAAUGGCCUCUAACACGGCCUUACGUUAACUUAACGCUAACCACUAGCCGGCCAUUAGCUCAGUGGGCAUGUCCAUUAACCCAUACAUGUAACCGAGGUUAGGGGAUGGAUCAGCCCCAACCAUCCAUCUUCCCAUAGACUGGUUGGCAAGGACCUUUAUCUGUCCGCUGUGACAAGAAUUAGUACAUUAAAGAAAUGAACAACAUCCACAGGGAACGGAGAGUAUGAAGCUGUUACCAAGCCAGUCAAUUUAGGAUCGCUGCUGCCUACUAACAUGCCUUCUUAUUUAUAUUGCCACCACCCCUACUUCACUUCUCACCCCUUUCUUGAACCUCCCUACUAUUACCCUAUCUACUCUCACAUGUCUCUGUUCUGACUAGGCCUUGCCUGCCUCCUCUGGGUCUUUCUAGAGACCCCUUAGGCACUUGCUGAGUGGCUAUAUGUGUGCAGAGAAAAAUAGAAAUUAUCACUUUUAUAAAUUAACCACGAUACAUCACCCUAGCUGUUAAUCAGAAAACCGAUCCUCUGCAGCUUUUGAAAGCUGUUUUUAGAUAAACCCUCAAGGGAAAAAAAUCCUUAUUGAAUGCAUGCAUGUUACAUCUGCUAAAUCGUGAUUUUGAUAUUUUUCUGUAUUCGGGCGGUAGAAUGUGCCUUUAAGAAAUGUUACAUCAGUUAUUCAGUCCAAAUGAAUACAAUAUCCAUUUUAUUUGGACAGAAUGCCAGUUAAAAUGCUGGGAAUUCUCACAUGUUCAGAUGCCAAGCUGAUAGUCUGUUCCCAUUGGUCGAUGUGUCGGGGCACGCCAACUGCAAAGCCUCUGUCCAGGGAAUCGAAGUCACAAACUGUGAAAAUGGGAUUUAUUUCAAGCUUGUUUGCGUUGGGCAAAAAUAUGCAAAUCCCUGGUCAGUUCUCCACGGUUACCAUUUUAGUAAAUAAACCAUUAGUUUGCAUUAUUGGUGGCCGUCUCAGAGCUGUGCGAAUACUUUGUAUCUUACACGUAGUGUUGUGUAGAGUUAGGAAAAUGAACACUCGUGGUUUAUUUGUUUUUCCACAGAGGAGGGCGUGGUGAAGCUGUACCUGCGAGGACGUUCAGUCCCACUCUUUGUUCCUGACUCACUGGUUGCCUCGUACAGUCUUGAAACCAAGGGAGAACUGCCCCCCAAAGAACUACAGCUUGAAUGGGUGUAUCCUGCCUCUGUGUUAUCGUUCUGUCAUCUUGACCGUGACUGCGGCAUUCUAACUGUGGCUGAUAUGUAUUAAAGGGACACUGCAGGCUUCCACAUGUGUUAGAUCACAGUUAGUUAUACUGGGUGGGUUUAUAUUAAAUGGACAGUCCAGGCUCCCGUACAAGUUAGAUCAGUUAGUUAUACUGGGUGGGUUUAUAUUAUUAAAUGGACAGUCCAGGCUCCCGUACAUGUUAUACUGGGGGGAAUCUGUAUUAUUAAAUGUAUAGCCAAGGCUCACUUACAUGUUGGAUGACAUUUGUUCACUUUGUGAUACAUCUUACUAAGUCAACAGUUUAUCACUACAGCUUUUUAUAUGUACACCUGUUAUGGCAUCACCACCAAUGAGAGGUCUCACUUGGUUAGUUUCCCAACUAUAGAACCUUCGCAAAUCAAACUGUAAACUCAGAUUUGAGAAACAGACAAACAUUGAAAAAUAAAUACAAAUCUAACAAGCAGUGCAAUAAUGACUGUUGAUUUUCGAAGGAGCGCUUUUUUCAGUUAUCAAAAAUAAAUAAUCAACAGGUUUACCUAUUAUCCUUAACUUCUAAUCUACAGAUACGGGUAUCGGGGGCGAGAUUGCCGGAGUAACCUCUUUCUUCUGCCAUCAGGGGAGUUGCUGUAUUUCACAGCAGCCGUCUGUGUCCUGUACGACCCUGCUGGUGGCACUCAGCGUCACUAUCGUGGACAUACUGAUGACAUCAAGAGGUCAGAUGGUGGUAGUCUUCAGAUCAGAGGUCAUCUUAAGCUAAUAAAGUGGAGGGCAGGGAUCCCAUCACCACCCCCUCCCCCCCAAUUCCUGCAGGUUUUAUUAGCUUGUCAGAAGGGGAAGGGAUUAAUUUUGGGAGAUGAUUUGGGGGUCGGGAUUAAAUAAUAGUAGUAGGGGUAAAAUAUAUCAAGGGAUACACACUGUGCAUGGGCGGGGUCUGACGUUUCCCCCACCUUCCACAGUCUGGCUGUCCACCCCGACUCAGUGACCAUCGCCAGUGGGCAAGUGGCCGGAAACUCACAGGAUGGGAAGGUGAGCUAAUACUCCUAAGGGGUAUUAGCAAUGUAUGUGCCCUGUUGGUAUUUUCACUUUGUUUAUCCUUUCCCCUCACCCCCCCUCCCUCUCUUGAGGUUUUGCCCCCUCUUGUCCUGUCAUAACAAUCUUUCUAUGUCUGUACUAAACCACUUACCUAUUUAUCUCUCCCAAAUCACGUUAUGAUACCCCAUUAUUGCUGCCUUGGAAACCCAAAUAUGACUUAGUCUUUGUCUUGUAACAACUUUUUCUCUUGGUCCACUUACCUACAGUUCUUUAAAUUAUCUGCUUUAAUUAUUCGGGCACCCUGAAGCCCAAAUCUUGCAGUUCUUUGUGAAUGGUUGUAAAUCAGUCCCUGUUCCUAAUUCCCGGAUCCUGCACUCGUUCAGUAUGUAUCAUGUUGUAUCUGCUCCAAGCAUUUAGUUUGACUGUCUCCUUAGGCUCUUGCUCCUCAUGUCCGGAUAUGGCACUCGGUCAGCCUGUGUACUCUUCAUGUGAUUGGAGUCGGAAGUUUUGAGAGAGCGGUUACCUGCUUAAGCUUCUCCAAGGCUGUAAGUGCUACCAUCAGGUGUGGAGUUACAUCGUGCUGGAGAGUGUGAUACUUUGUGUAAUCUCUCUCUUUUCCUUUUCUGGUGUAGGAUGGUGGAAGCCACCUAUGUGCAUGUGAUGAGUCUGGGGACCACGUUCUUUCUGUGUGGCAGUGGCAACGCGAGGUCAAAGUGACAGAGGUGAAGGUAAGUUCUCAAAGUAUGUCAAAAUGUUCUAUAUCCGAGCUUAUGCCCAUGAAACUUAUUUAAGCUUUAAUCUCUUAAUUUAUCGCUUUUUCUCCUGAAUACCCUCAUUCCAAGGACUAGAUAUUUAAAUAUAAAAUGCCCCAUUCUGUUCACGUCACCAGGGGGUUCUCAGGCUAUCAACUCCCUGUUUCAGAUUUUAUUCUCAGUCCUAUGUAGCCCUGCUUCCUCGUCUCCAGCUACAGUCCUGCCAUUGUUCUCAAAAUGUUUCUUGGUCUUCUCGUCGUACAACGUCAUUAAUUCUCUCCCUCACUCGCUCUUUUCUUGAGGUUUAUUUACUAAACCGUGCACGUGUUGGAUUGAAAAUCAAUUAGCAAAAUUUAGCUAAGAUUGUGGCGAUUUUAGGAAAUAUUAUCCAACUCUACUAUAGUUACAGCUAGAUUUUUCAUUGUACUGCAGUUUUCUGUUUUGUGAAUGAACCUUGUAAAAUGAUCUAUUGCCGGACAUGUUCAGUUUCUCUAUGAUAGUUAAGGCUCAAGAGGCAAAAUAAUCUCCAUGGUAAAACCUGUAAAAUUAAGCUAUGAAGCCAUAAAUUAAAAAUGUAAAAAAACAAUAAUCUAAAUCUGCCUUCAGUCAUAGAUAUUGACGUUCCUAUUCUUUCUGUCCUCAGUGUUCCACGGAGCCGGUGCUCGCUGCCAUUUUUCAUCCAACAGAUCCUAAUAUGAUAAUCACCUGCGGGAAGUCCCAGCUGUAUUACUGGAGUCUGGAAGGAGCUGGAGGUGGAAAUGCUACUCUGAGCAAGAGGCAGGGGGUGUUUGAGGUAAGGGAGUGAGAAUUGGGCUAGAAAAGUGAUUAAAAGCGAUAGUAAAUGAGUGUAGUGUUGACCAAAAUCAAGUAUUCGCAAGCAGCGAAAUGUGAUCAUGCAAAGGCAACCAAUAUGUUGAUAAGGCCCUUCCGAUGGGCAGGCACCACGUUGCAAAUCGUGGAACAUGACCUUGAAAUGUUUAUUGCAUACAUUGUACAUGCUGCUUUUACUGUACCAAUCGAACAUAAUAUGUCAAUGGGGAAUGGACAUACUGUUACAUUUCAACUCCCCCUUUUCUUUUCUUUACCCCUCGUUUUGAAAUAUUUUUUUUUUUUUUUUUUAUUUUUCUCAAAUCACAGAAAUUAUCAACAUGGGUUCAUAUAGCGUAUGUUGUUUGAGCAUUUCUUGAACAUCAUAUUAGAGAGUAGGUUAUACAUCAAAAGAGAAAUAGGAGUCGCGUAGCGUAGCUUGGGAGUGUGUUAGUGAAUUGAGGGGUUUUUGUUUUUGUGGUGUAUGUCUGCCUAAGCGUCGUGUGAGUGGUGUAGCCACAUAACUGCUCGUCAUAAGUGCGGUACUGGUGGUAGGUAUGUCCGUGGCUAGUGUGGAUGCCCCUCCCUCAGGAAAAGGUAGUGGGACCUGUGCGCCAUGUAAAGGUAGGGAAGGGGUGGGGAAGAGAGAUUUUCUGAAGUGUUGCCAUUAAGCGCCUGGAUGGUUUUUGUGUGUAAUCUAUGCCAUGUGUAUACGGGUGAAGAGGGUGGUACUGCUGAGUAUGUCUUAUUCUGAGCGGCAGUGUUAUUAAUCGUCUCUGUAUCCCCGCUAGCUGAAAGCAUGUACCAUAGAUAGAAGUAUGGCAAAAGUAAAACAAUAAAAGCAUAUCAAUAAUAAUAAUAAUAAAAAAAUAAAAAAAAUUAUAAAACAGUCGAGAAAAUGUAAAUCCGACUCAUGGUCGUGGGGUCACCAGGAUUGGUAGGGUUAAAUAACUGGGACAGUUCCUGGCUGUGUAGAGGGUCUUGGGUGAGGGCUCAGCAGCCACUGAAAUCCGACAUCCCCUCAGUCAAGUCACGGGUCCGGUGGGCUUGGGUCCUGCCGCCCGGGGUAUGAACUCCCUGAUCGCAGCUAAGUCCACUUGUGACAGGUUUCUGCCUUCAGGGGUGGCAUGAAGGGGGAGUCCCAGCGAUCGCAAGUGGUCCUCCAGCUCCUGAUAUGUUUCUGCGCAGAGAGUCGUGUCUUGGGCUGUUAUUAGGACCGUGCGGGAGGGGCCCCAUCGAUAUGGCACCUCGUUAGUGCGUAGCUGCUGAAGUAGUGGUCGUAGGGAUUGGCGCCACAGGAGUGUGUUCUUAGCUAGAUCCGGGAAAAUGAGCAGUGAGGCGCCCUCAAAGGUAAUGGGCGUCUUUCCCCUCACCGCGGCUUGCAAGAGGGCCUUGUCCUGUAGGGUGCUGAAGCGGAGGAUGAGGUCUGGUGAAGUGGAGGAUGGUGCGUUGGUUGGUUUGGGGAGACGGAACAUACCGUCUAGCCUCAUGUUCUUGGCUUGUUUCGGAGAGAGGUGGGCCGCGAAGAACCGCCUGAUAAAGUGAGGUAAGUCCGACAGUCCCACAUUUUCCGGCACUCCCCUGAGUUUUAAGUUGUACCUUCGCCUCUGAUCCUCCAUGGUGUCAAGUCUGCGGUCAAUCUUUAGCCGAUGUUGAUCCAGAGUAGCUAGACCCUUCUCCACCACAGUAAGCCGGUUAUCAUGCACGCUCUGGGUAGUUUCGAGUUGGGCCAGUUUGGUAGUCGUGUGUUCGACUGCCUUUUUGAGGGGGGCUAGGUCACCCGCCAAGUUCGCGCGGAGUUCCGCCAACAUUGCCUUAAGUUGCGCUGCGGUGACCGGGUCCCGGCCUGAGGCGGCCUCCAGUGGGACGUGGCCCUGCUUCGUAGCCAGAGUGGACUUUUCCAUCGGGGCAAUAGCCAUGUCCUCCGAGGAAUAGGAGGAGCAGUCGUCCGCCAGCGCCAUUUUGUCCCAUGCGGCCCUCUGUGAGCUCCGGAAUAGGUCCCCGAUAUCACGGCCCGGUGGGCUCUUGUCUGGCUUUGAUUUUUUGUUUUUACGGCCCAUUCUUGUUCCUGCAGUCAGUGAGCUGUUUUCUGCGUGGUUAGCAGGUCUCUUUUUCUGCAAUUUCAGCCGUUUUUGGGUAGUUGUAAGCGGAGCAUAGAGAGCUUGCUACCAUCCAGGUUCGCCCCUCGUUUUGAAAUAUGACAAAAUAAAAAUUGUCCAUUCGAGAAAUAUAUGUAAAAUGAAAGAGAUGGUCUACAAAAGGACCAGGAAGUUGUAGAAAACUGAAGUGAAGGGGCAGGAUACAUACUGAAAAACUUUGAGAGAAAAAUCCAAGAAUUCUUAUCAUUCGAGGUCUUAAGGAGUAGGUUCUGGGGUUACAGUGAGGGCAUAGUAGACGGAGCCCAAUAGCGAACUUUAACUACUGAAUGAGAUGGACUUCAGGAAGCUAGUGAUUGAGCAAAAUCAAAAUUAGGAUCGUCGGGAGGUGGUGAGACCUGCAGGAGAAGUUUGGCUUGCUGAGGUUGAGGUGUUAAAAAGUGAUCCCACUGGAUGAAUUAUAUGUGAUUUUUACCAUUUACACUCUAUUUCCACAGAAACACGAAAAGCCACGGUUUGUUCUCUGCGUGGCAUUUGCUGAGAAUGGAGAUGUCGUUACAGGAGAUUCCAACGGGAACCUUUUUGUUUGGGGUAAAGGUGAGUAAAAGAUAGGUUAGAGCUGAUAUUCUUUAAAUGUCUGUCUCCAGUCUUUCAAUUUAAGACUCCAUAUUCACAUACAGUUUGAUCCUCUAUAUCUCCCUCCUUUCUAUCACUCAGGCACUCACAGGAUCUCCCAGGCAAUCACCGGAGCACAUGAUGGAGGGGUGUUUGCGCUGUGUGUGUGCCGCGAUGGGACGCUCUUAUCCGGAGGAGGGAAAGAUGGAAGAAUUAUUCUAUGGGACAGAGAUUACAAGCGAGUGCAGGAAACACGGGUAUGAAAAGGAGAGGGGCAGGGAGGUUUAAGAGGUGAAAUCUAACUGGAAAUAACGAAAAAGGUGGCUUUGGGGGCAGGAGACUGUAACACUGCUAAAAUCCUACCUAGAUCCCAGAGUGUUUUGGGCCAGUCCGGACCAUCGCCGAGAGUCGAGGAGGAGAGACGCUUUAUGUUGGAACCACCAAGAAUUGUGUGAUGAGCGGCAACUUGGAAAGUGGACUAACUUGCUUAAUACAGGUACCGUGUGAGAUCUGGAGUCUGAGUGUGAAAAUCAAGCAGAAAUACUGGGGGUAAAUUCAUGGACUCUACCUUUAAACAAAAACUCAAACUAUCUGACUGUCAGUGGAGUGAGGAACUCAUUUGCUUUGAAGAAAUUGGUCCAGGUACCAGAUUUGAAGUUUAUUCUCCCUAGUUCUCUUUGGUGUAAGCCAGUAGGAGGCACUGAUGUCCAUUAAUUGUCUCAGUAUUCUCAGUUCCAUCAUUGCCAGGCACAUAAAUUGACUUAUCAAUGUGGUUAGGAAAAUACAGUUGCCAUGGUGAUCAAUAAAUGAUUUGAAAAAAUAUACCUUGCCACUUGUGUUUGCAUACCAGAAAUAUAAAAUAUCUUUGUCUUCUAUGAAUAACUAGUAUUGCAAGGCAUUGAUAAGGUUAUUCACUUCAAGUUAAAAUUCAAAGAAAAAUCUUCCGUCAGCUAUGCCUCAAGUUCAGCUACUUUGGCACAAAAUUUGAAUACUUUAAAUACUUUGGUGAAUAACCUUAUGAGUGAUCACCCUUUUGGAAAUGGUUUGAACAAAUGUAAUUCUUUGUAUAAGGGCGUUUAUUGGUUCUCUUUGAAUACGCGACUUGAUUCUGAUAGUGACGCUGUUCAUUAAGCAGAUACUUGUUUUACUCUUGCUUAGGGUCACACAGAUGAGCUAUGGGGUCUCGGUUCUCACCCCUCCCAGGAUCUGUUCCUAACCUGUGGACAUGACAAACUAGUUCAUCUCUGGAAUAGUAAAGACCAUCGUCCAGUCUGGACCACCACCCUGGAGGUAAGAGUGGGACACACUGAUAUGUUAUUAAGUGUUCUUGCAUGGCAAGACCACCUACUAUUAUCUCACAUAUAUAUUAUUAUUCUUAUUAUAGCCAAAUUUACCACCCUAACUCCUCCCACAGUUUUUACACUACAUAGACCGUAAUAUACCGAAACUUGCGGAUUGUUCCCGAUCGGUGUGCUAUUACUUUGUGGAACGUUUCGCCGAAUGGUUCAUGAAAUAUCGUCGUUUUUGUGGCGAAAUUGGUCCCAUGGGAAUGAAUGGCAAAAUGGGAGCUGGCAAAAGCUGAAAAAUCAGAACAUGAUUUCUAAACUUCCACCACUCCCUCAUUUUCAAGCCCACGUUCAGCUAUCCCUGCUGCCUCUAAAAAUGUCCACGGCUAAGCCAUAGUCCUGAUAGUUUUCACAAUAUGACCAUUUGUUUGCAACUCAAUGCCGUCCGUUGACAUUCAUUGAACCUCCACUCUAGCAACCUUUAAAUUUGAAGUGCAAUUUCUAAGCUGCGACUGUGCCUUCAUUUUUAAUAUUUCAGAGACAUACUAUGCAUCAAAAUGUAGGUCUGGGUCUUGUGAUUAUCACAAUAUAAAGCUCUUCACUUAAACUCCCCUUCUUGUGCUCCUGCUAAUUCUCCUGGCUCUGCUGUAAGCUCUGUCCAAGUGACCCCCGGCAGGGAAUUAUGGGAUAUAUACUUGAGUACUUUACAGCAGUUAAUAUAAUCAGAUAAUGUAAUCAACAGUGAAUCAAAAACUUUAUUGCAGAGUUUGGUCUGAUUAAAAAAAAAAAAAAUAAUGAUUCCAUACAUUAAAAUAUUGAAUGCUAAUAGAUAUUUAUUCUACCUGGCUAUUUUUUAAUUUUUAAUUUUGCUGCUAAGUUUUUCCUUCAUAUUUUCCAGUCUGUGAUAUAACCCUAUUGAACACCUUGCGGAGAGAGUAGUGUGGUCGGUGUAUUUUGUGGCGCUACAAUCCAAUAUUUUGAUCCCUUAGAAUUGAGAUUUAUUAGUGCUCACCACAUGUUUAAACAUUAAAUAUUGCGCGGCUUCCUGUGAUGAUCGAUUGUGGUAUUUAAAGGCAGCAUUGGUGCCAAGCGAGACUAUCUGGCUGAGCUCCAGGAAGUGAUAAUGUAAAUCGGGCCUGCAUCGGAGAAGAAUAUUUUAAACCUGUAUGAAAUGGCGUAAUUUAUUAACCACAGUAAUGUCUGAAAGUGUUAAACAAGAGUAAUACUUAGAGGAACUAAACGUUUUGUCUCAGACUGCAGUUUGAGAUUUUUUUUGGGGGUGGGAAGGGUGGGAGGUGGGUCGUAUUAUCCGGUGUUGAUUAAAAAUGUGUGUGCUGUUUAUAAUGUGUGCAUGCAUGUCAUUGAUGCAUUGACUGCAAUAGAGAGGGAGCCUAAUGCAGUUUAUAAUGCUGCUAUAGGGGUUAAGAGUUUUGGUAUAUUUUUAGGGGGGGGUAAAUAUGCACUGUGCACCAUAAUGUUCAAAGGUACAAUUGCUUAGAAUAACAGUUGUAGGUACAUUGAUGUUUCUCACUAGACCAGGAGGGCUAUAGAACAUUGAGAUUGCAGACAUCCAGGCCAAGCACAAACUUACAGUGCUGAGCUAAUAAAAGCACUUCACGUUCUGACUGUGUUCUCACUCCGGCAGUGCUGUGCCAGAAGGCAUCCCAAAGCACCUACACCUAUUUUAAUACAAUGAAUAGAAGGAAACAACAAAAAUAAAGUCACUCAAACCACAAUAAAGUGGGUGAGUGAAAGCUGGAUAGCAGAUAAGUAUCUUGUUUAAAUAACUGUUAAAUUUAACUGGACCAGCACUAAACGUACAUAUAUACACAUACACACCCGUCUCAAAACUAGAAACAAAUUAAGACAAUGACUAGCCUUAUAAGGCUUCUCCACCAACUCAUAAUGGGAGUAUAGGGUCAUCCAGUAAAUUGCUAAAACUAAUGGUAGCUUUAUUAGACUGCUUGUUUUAGCCCAGGAUUUGCCCUGUCCCCAAUCUAGAUUAACGUAGAUAUACCAGGGUGAGAGUAUAUACCUUAUUGGUGGGAGUGCCCGAGACCAGUAGACACAAUAUCUAAGGAGUAACAAUACUGAUUGCUUUUAGAAGAAUCGGAAUGGUGGUCUGUGUUGGAUUGUGCAGAGAUGUCUUACUGCAGUGCGAGAACACAUUGUGUUCACUAAUCUAUUCCUAUCCCUGCAGGAUCCCGCUCGGGCUGCUGGGUUUCACCCAUCCGGUGGUGUAGUAGCUGUGGGGACCUCUACUGGAAGGUAAGUGGAAGUGGGCAAUAUGCUCCAUUGGUGGCCAUCUGAAUCCCCAAUCCCUACUGACUGCACACAUCGUAGAAAAUUAGGGUUAAUUAAAGAGUGAUACAUUUUGCCAAUGCAUUGUGCAAGCAAGUUUUAUCGAUAAAAUCACUUUUCUACCUCUAGUAUACAUGUAUUUGCUGUUAACAUUCAGAAUGCAGUAUGUGCCUAUAGGUGUACUACAGAAAAUAUUAUACAAGAUCAUUUUAUCGUUACAUCCACAAGUAAUUCAUCAAUAAACUGUUCAUUUAUUUUUAUUUAAAAUACCUCUCAAGUUGCCAAGACCACUUCAUCUUAAUGUUCAGUAGUUUUAAUCCUUCACUGUAAAUCCUAAAAACAGGAAUUGAAUACACCUCUUAGUGGCUGUCUUCCUGAGGUGUUUCCAUCUCCAUAAUGGAAUAAAACUCCGUUAUUCAAUCAAAUUAUGCUGAUGGCAGCAAUUGACUGGUGGAGCACUGUGUUUUUCUGCACAUGCAAUCUCAAAUCCAUUGCUUUUCUGUGAGAAGCAUGAGAUUGGAUGAGACGGUGGAUGACGUCCACUUGGAUGCGAACAUCAACAGAGGCUGAGCUAUCACGGGACCAGGGGGCUCACAGCCCAGUCGCAGGCUGUCUGCCAAUGGCCCUAUCGCAGGAGUGCUUCUACUCCUGCCGGUCACUCCAUGUAGUGUGGACUGCAGGUAAAGGAGCUUCUGUUUCCUGACCUGAUCUGACAGGAAGAGCUCUCAAAGAGCACCAAACUACUUCCUGCCAGAUUGGGUAGAGGAACAGAGGCUCCUCUACCCAUGGCCACACUACAUGGAGUGACCGGCAGGAGGGGGGUGCUUCCCCUCCAGUCGGUCACCCUGCGAUUGGAUGGGCUGGGGGGGAAGAAAGAAAUGCACAGAAGGAUGGGGGGAGUCACACAAAGGGGCUUGAGGAGGGAAGAAGAGAGGCUGGAGGUGCUGAGUGCUCCCCAUAGAAAUGCAUUGAUUCAAUGCCUCUCUCUAUGAGGAGAUGCUGAUUGGCCAAGGCAGGGUUGUGCCUUGUAUGUGCAAUAGCCUCCCAAUGCUUUUCUAUGGGAAAGCAUUAGAUUGACUGAGAUCAUAAAAUUUGAUCUCCGGCAAAGUGAUGAGCACACUCCUAGGAUUUCAAAAUAAACAAGAUAACGUCCUUGUUUACAGCUGUGCAUUUCAGUCCCAUUACCAAACUUUUCUUAAUAUGUCAAGGUAAUUUGACUAAAACAUUGAUUAUAUGCAAAUGCAUUAUUAGGGUGGUAUAAACUUUUUAUUUAUUUCUCUCCUACCCCCUGGGCUGCAUUCAUUCCUGUCCAGCCUGGAUGCGUAAUCUUUAUUUUACUUUCAUUUUACAUCAAUUCUACAAUGCAGGUGGGGGUGGACCGUGCUGACAGUGAUGUAAUGGAAUCUAAAAUAAAGUGAUUAUUUGCAGGACUAUAGGCUUCCUUCAAGUGGAAAAUAUGGCCUUUCUGUAGAAAACUAUAGAAAAUCUGUGUUUUUUUUAUUUUUAGCUGAAUAUAAACCAUUACCCACUGUAUUAAAUAAUUACUCAUGCAGAGUAAUACUGUCUUGUGGUGUGUUCUUUCCAGUACAAACAUUACCUGAUGUGCGCUGCUCAUCAUGUUGUGUCUGCCUGCUAAAAGGACAUGCGACAUUCUAACAUUCCUUGUUUACUUUCUACAUUACCGGUCCUUAUCCGCUCCUUAAACAAGCACUGAAAGGUUGUGACCUUCACACACCUGAUAUAGGGACCAUGCAUUUCAAGUGUAAUAAUUAUAUUUGGAUGAGCGCAGCCUUUUAAGAAAUGAAACCUUCUUUAAUAUAUUUGUUCUUGGUUAUAAAUUGCCCCCUCUAGUAUUUACUCCUCACCCACCACCUCUUUCUUUUUAGGUUCCUUGUGCUGGACACUCAAACCCACGUUAUUGUAACGAGUAUUUCACAAGCCAGCGAGCAGAUCAGUGUAAUCCGCUACAGCCCCGGUAUUGUGCUAGAUGUAUAUUUAUUCUGUUAAUAUGUAGUGUUUAUUGUUUGUUUUGUUUUUAAGCACCUGAUUUCCUAUCUUUCACAAUCACAAUGUCUGUUUGCCACACAGAUGGUCAAUACUUAGCAGUUGGAUCUCAUGACAACUUUAUCUAUGUCUACGAGGUGGCAGAGGAAGGUCGAGAGUACAGAUGUGUGGGCAAAUGCACGGUAAGAACAUUUAGCUGUCUUUUAGUUAUAAAGCAUCAACCUCGGGCUUAAAAAAAAUAAAUAAAUCUGCAGUGACCUGUGGAGCAAGUUAAGACUAUUGAAUAACCUAGUGUUGCAGAGAGACAGACACGGAUGCACUAUGUUUGUUUUAAAUCCUUGCUACAGGCUAACUAUCUAUCGGAAUGGUCAAGCUGAGACACAAAGUACAGAUGAUGGCAUGUAGAAACAUCAUACCUUGGGUAGAGGCAGGAGAAAUGGGUUUAGUUGGGCAGGGUAUAUCCUGGGGCUUGGAGACCUGGGGAUAGCAGAAUCGUUUUACAAGCCUUUUUAAAUGAGUUUAGAGACAGGUUUUAACAAUGGUGAGCUGGUGGUGCAUUCCAGAGAGCUUUGAAAAAGUGAUGAUAGCUACUCUUUGUCUCUGGCAUAUAACUUGGAGGAGGACUAACUGUGACCAUUCGGAGACCUCGAGGUGCUUUCUGAAGUGCCACCGUCAUGGUGGAAGUAUCAUGUAGAGCAUCCUAGACAUUCCCCAACUCUGUCACCAUGUAUAAUGAGGAAGUGUUUUACUUACUGGAAGACAGAUGAACUCUUAACUAUUUGCAAAGUGAACGACACAUUGAAAGACUCCAUUUAGAUCUGUUUACACAAUGUUGCAUGUUCCUACAGGGUCACUCUAGUUAUGUCACACACUUGGAUUGGUCCUCAGACAGUUCCUGCUUUAUGACCAACAGUGGAGACUAUGAAAUCCUCUACUGUGAGUAUAUAAAUGUCUAUCUACAUUCUAAACUUUGUUACAUGAAAUUGGGUAAGCAGUCCCCUGUAUGUCCAGCACAGUCUUUACCAGCUCACGUUAUUUUAUGAAGUUUAAACGGCAAGCCAUUUCAUCCAGUGUUGCUGCAGCCGAUCCGGUGUUGGGAAAAGGACAGUUACGAAAUAUUGACAGUGACCCUUUAGAUAUGUUUGAAGUGGUGGACGUCUGUUGUGCCUUCUAGGUCCUUCACGCAUUACAAAAACAAUGGUAGUAAAUGCUCCAGAGCCAAUAUAAACAUCCUGCAUAAACUAUUUCCCUCUGUCCGUCAAAUGCAUCCUGUGAGCUCAUUUACCAUGACUUCAGACUUUCUCUUAUCACAUUGAUGACCUCUGUUUCGUAACAUCCUGAUUUGCAAGUCAGUUAUUGCAAUGCUGCGUUUAGCCAGAAGAUGGCACUAAACCUGUCCCAGGCCUUAAUCAGAUUUCCCCAAGAGAAUCUCAAAUUAUGGGACACGUGCAGUUAUGUGAGGUAGAGGUUAGUCUGGGAGGCCAUAAGCUUUUCUAAAGAGAUGGGGUUUAAGGCACUUCUUAAAAGAAUAGGGGAGAGUCUGAUGGCGGUAGGCAGGCUAUUCUAUAGGAAGGGAGCCCCACGCGAGAAGUCCUGCAAGCGCGAGUUGGCCGUAUGGGUGCUAGCAGCGGUCAGGAGGUGGUCACGGGCAGAGCGGAGGGAAUGAGGAGGGGCAUAUCUAUGGAUCAGUGAAGAGAUACAAGAGUGGCUAGAAUUGUUCAGUGCUUUUUAUAGGUGUGAAUUAGUACCUUGAAUUGACUCCUAUAGGAUACAGGAAGCCAAUGUAAGGACUGACAGAGGGGUGAGGUGUGAGAGAACCGACUAGAGAGGAAAAUCAGUCUGGCAGCAGCGUUCAUUAUGGACUGUAGUGGUGCAGUACAGCUUUUGGGAAGACCAAUCAGGAGAGGGUUACAAUAAUCCAUGUGGGAAAUUACUAGAGCAUGGACAAGCUCCUUGGAAGCAUCUUGCAUAAGAAAGGGGCGGAUGCAGGUUAUGUUUUUAAGAUGGAAUCUACAGGAUUUAGCAACAUACUGGAUGUGAGGCUCGAAGGUGAGGCCAGAAUAAAGUAUGACGCCAAGACAGCGCGCUUUCAAGGAUGGACUGAUGUGGGUACCACAAACUUGAAUUGAGAGUGAAAGAGGAGGAUCAGUAUUAGGAGAAGGAAAGGCAAGGAGCGCAGUUUUAGAGACAUUGAGUUUCAGAAAGCGGGAGGACAUCCAGUCAGAGAUGGAAGAAAGGCAAGCAGUGACACGUUGCAGGACGGCAGGGGAGAGGUCCAGGGAGGAGAGAUAUAACUGGGUGUCAUAAACGUACAGGUGGUAGUGGAAUCCAAAAGUUUGCCAAGAGAGGCAGUAUAAAGAGAAAAUAGAAGGGGACCAAGGACAGAGCCUUGGGGGACUCCAACUGAGACAGGACGAGGGGAGGAGGUAUCAUUAGAAAAGGAGAUACUGAAUGAGUGUUGGGAGAGAUAAGAGGAAAACCACGAGAGGACAGUCACAGAGACCGAGUGAUUGAAGAGUUUGAAGAAGGAGAGCAUGCUCAACGGUGUCAAAGGCCGCAGUGAGGUCAAGAAGAAUUAGUAUGGAGUAGUGGCCUUUGGAUUUAGCUGCAAUUAGGUCGUUAGUAACUUUGAUAAGCGCAGUCUCAGUAGAGUGGAAGGGGCGGUAGGGUAGUGUUAUAUGUGGAGAUGGCCAGUGAAGGACAGGAGAGGGAAGGCAUGGACAGCAGUCGUGAAUCAAUAUCAGCUGACAACUGCUGGAGAUCAAGAGAAUUAAGGUCCAUCCUGAGUUGAGGGGGGUUAGGCUGAGGUUGUUGGGUGAGGGGGUACAUGAGAGCAAAUGAUAAGAAGUGGUGAUCAGAUAGAGAGGAAAUGGAGUGUUUCAUACAUCUGAAACCCUCAAUAUUUAAUCUGUAUGUCUAGCUAGGCACAUGUUUAACAAAUUAUUUUAUUCUUAAUUGUCUUUUCUUCUUUUUUGUUAUACAAUGACAGUGUGCAAUGGCCAUACAUCUGCUGUGUGAUGCUACAAUCUGUGUUUCCAAUGACCAAAUCUGCCAGAUUACUAGUAAUUGCAUAAUGUUCCUGUCCGCUCGCACCUCCCAUGCCUCCCCGAUCCGGUCCCUGCAUUGGCUUCCAGUUAGAUAUAGGGCUCAAUUUAAAAUCCUGGUGCUUGCUUACAAGUCCCUACAUAAUGCUGCUCCAACCUACCUAUACUCCCUAAUACACAAGUAUGUCCCGUCAAGGCCCCUACACUCUGCCAGAGACCUACGUAUAUCCUCUGUCUGUACUCCCACCUCUAACUCUCGCCCUCAAGAUUUCUCCAGGGCUGUACCUCUUCUGUGAAACUCCCUUCCCUUCUCGGUAAGACUUUCACCCAGUCUCCAUUUAUUGAGAAAAUCAUUGAAAACUCUCUUCUUCAAGAAAGCAUAUCAAUUAAACUGUUAGCAGGUUUUUAUCCCCCACCACCUCUUGACUCCUCUCCUGCAACUGCCAAAAUUACCUACUAAGCCCUCAGUGAAUACUUUUCUAACAACCUACUUCGUACCCCUACUUUUACCCUGUGUGUCAUUAUACCCCACUCCCUCUAGAAUAUAAGCUCCUUGAGCAGGGCCCUUAACCCCUCUGUUCUUGUACAUCCAGUUGUCUGGUUACAAUUACGUGUCUGUUAGUCCAGCCAUUGUACAGCGCUACGGAAUCUGAUGGCGCUAUAUAAAUAAAAUAAUAAUCCUAUCACGUCCUGUUUGGACUGAAUAUGAAACUCACUUUAAUUUUGUGAAGUACCAGCAUGUAGGCUAUGGUAAACGUCUAUUUUAAAAUCUGGUUUGGCACUGUUUUUUGAGCUGUUGUACAAAAUAAAGAUUUCUAUUGAAAUGCAUUUAAUUGGAGACCAAAUAUAAUCUAUUUAUAUAUUACAUGUUCCGUGUUGACAAAACCCCACAAUCAUAAUGUUUAAUAGUAAAGUAUUUUCAUGGAAAUAUUACUAUAUUUGUGUUGUACGUUAUUUGGACUACAGGCUGAUUAACCCCCUCUGUCUGUACCUUAAACAAAAUUAAUUGAAGUGUAAGUUAAUAAUUUUCAAUAUCUAUCCGCUGUUGGAUUUAAAUGGUCGCUAACUGCAUCCAACCAGAACUAGCGCGCGUGUGUGUGUGUGUGUGUGUGUGUGUGUGUGUGUACUUAGCAUUGGUCACAGAACAAGCACAAGAUAUAACAGGUCAUAAACAGUAUUUACUAGUGGAGCACAGAACAGGUAAUAACUGCUCAGGUUUGAGGCAAUAAAAUAUUAGCCAGAUCCACGGCUGUAACUAUAAAACUCUUGAACAGUAAUUAAAGGGACACUCUGGGCACUGUAACCUUGCCCUCUUAUUUAUUUAUUCCUGGCAUGUGAAGUGGUUAUAGUGCCUGGAGUAGUCUUUGUAUUCAGUUUUCAAAUGUUUUUAAGUGGUUUAAUAUGAAAUGAUAGUCCCCAGAAACCAGUCCCAUGUAAGCUGCUCUGGAUAAUAAAGAAGCAUUAUCCCGUACAUCAAUUGCCCGCAUUGACUGGCUUGGAGUGUCAUCUGACCGCUGUCAGCCUAUCACAAUAGCCCAUUGGUGGGAUGAAUUGGUAUGGCUAGAAGAAAGUGCAUAAUCUUUGUCUUAGUCAUAUCUCUUGUGGGGGCUGGGCUGUGGGUGGUUUGGGACCCUAGUUCAGUGUUAAACUAUUCAAAAAUGGUUUAAUACUGAAUGGAUGUAAAAAUCCAAGGGCAGAGUACAGAAUAUUUUAUAGAGUCCUAACCGCAACAUCUGAGUAAAGGGAUUUAGGGGGAUUAUUUCUGAUGACUUAAAGGUAGACAGACAAUGUAAUAGAGCAGCAGGAAAUGCUAGCAGAAUGCUUGGUUGUAUAGGGAGAGGCAUUAGCAGUAGAAAGAGGGAAGUGCUCAUGCCAUUGUAUAGAACACUGGUGAGACCUCACUUAGAGUAUUGUACACAGUACUGGAGACCGUAUCUUCAGAAGGAUAUUGAUACCUUAGAGAGAGUUCAGAGAAGGGCUACUAAACUGGUUCAUGGAUUGCGGGAUAAAACUUACCAGGAAAGGUUAAAGGAUCUUAACAUGUAUAGCUUGGAGGAAAGACGAGACAAGGGGGAUAUGAUAGAAACAUUUAAAUACCGUAUUUUUCGCUCCAUAAGACGCACCUCACCAUAAGACGCACCUAGUUUUUAGAGGAGGAAACCCAGAAAAAAAAUAUUCUGAACAAACUGUUCCAUAGUGUUUCUUACCAUGGGACAGUUUGUUCAGAAUAUUUUUUUUUUCUCCCCUGUCCCAUAAUGAUCUUUAACCCCCCUUUCCUCUGUCCCAUAGUGAUUGUUAACCCCUCCUACCCUGUCCCAUAGUGAUUGUUAACCCCUCCUACCCUGUCCCAUAGUGUUCUUUAACCCCUCCUCCCCUUGUCCAUUAGUGUUCUGAUCCCAUAGUGUCCCCCCCUCCCAUUGUCCCAUAGUGCACUUUCCCUCCCAUAGUGUCCCCCCCUGCCCUUGUCCCAUAGUGUCUCCCCCUCCCCUUGUCCCAUAGUGUGUCCCCUCCCCUUGUCCCAUAGUGUCCCCCCUCCCCUUGUCCCAUAGUGUCCCCCCCUCCCCUUGUCCCAUAGUGUCCCCUCCCUUUCUCCCAUAGUGUCCCUCCUUCUCCCAUAGUGUCUCCCCCUCCCCUUGUCCCAUAGUGUCUCCUCCUCCCUUUCUCCCAUAGUGUCUCCCCCUCCCUUUCUCCCAUAAUGUCUCCCCCUCGUCCCAUAGUGUCUCCCCCUCCCCUUGUCCCAUAGUGUCCCUCCCCUUCUCCUCCCAUAGUGUCCCUCCCCCUUCUCCCAUAUAGUGUCCUCCCUCCCCUUCUCCCAUAGUGUCCUCCCCUUUCUCCCAUAGUGUCCCUCCCCUUCUCCCAUAGUGUCCCCCUCCCUUCUCCUCCUAUAUAGUGUCCUCUUCCCCUUUGUCCCAUAGUGUCUCCUCCCUCCCCUUUGUCCCCAUAGUGUCUCUCCCUCCUUUUGUCCCAUAGUGCCCUCCCUCCCUUGUCCCAUAGUGUUCUCUUUCCCUCCCUUGUCCUAUAGUGUCUCUUCCCUCCCCUUGUCCCAUAGUGUCCCUCCCUGUCCCAUAGUGUCCCUCCUGUCCCAUAGUGUCCUCCUCCCCUUGUCCCAUAGUGUCCUCCUCCCCUUGUCCUUCCAUAGUGUCUCCUCCCUCGCCCCAUAGUGUGUCCUCUCCUUGUCCUAUAGUGUUUCCCCUCCUUUCUCCCAUAGUGUCCUCCCCUUGUCCUAUGUGUCUCUCCCUGUCCUAUAGUGUUCCCUCCUUUUGUCUCCAUAGUGUUCUCCUCCUUGUCCUAUAGUGUUCCCUCCCCUUGUCCCAUAGUGUCUCCCCCUCCCCUUGUCCCAUAAUAACUUACCUGUCUUGGAGCGUGGGCCGGCUUCACAGCGCGCUCCGCGGUCCAGGAACUUCUAUUUCGGGUUCCGGUUUCCGGCGGGACUGAAAGGAAGUGUGCACACUGAGUGUGCACUUCCUUUCAGUCCCGCCGGAAACCGGAACCUGAAAUAGAAGUUCCUGGACCGCGGAGCGCGCUGUGAAGCCGGCCCACGCUCCAAGACAGGUAAGUAAUUCUUCACAUUCGCUCCAUAAGACGCACAGACAUUUCCCCUCACUUUUGAGGGGAAAAAAGUGCGUCUUAUGGAGCGAAAAAUACGGUAUAUAAAGGGAAUCAACACAGUAAAGGAGGAGACUAUAUUUAAAAGAAGAAAAACUACCACAACAAGAGGACAUAGUCUUAAAUUAGAGGGACAAAGGUUUAAAAAUAAUAUCAGGAAGUAUUACUUUACUGAGAGGGUAGUGGGUGCAUGGAAUAGCCUUCCAGCUGAAGUGGUAGAGGUUAACACAGUAAAGGAGUUUAAGCAUGCGUGGUAUAGGCAUAAGGCUAUCCGAACUAUAAGAUAAGACCAGAAUGUAAAAAACCAACUCGAGUUUCAGAUAAAAAUGGAGUUGAUGCUGAGUAAACAAAAAUUAAGCAAAAAAGCAUCUGUCUGGAUGAAAUGUCUUAAAUGAUUGAUAUGGAAAUUAUUUGUGAUUAAUUGAAGGUAAUUUGCAUACCUUGAACAUUGAAAAUAUAUAAGCUAUACCUGAACCUCCCUCCACUCUACUUAUAGUAAUAUUGUUGUAUAUUUUGCUGCUACACUGUCUUGUGUCAUAUUUUAAAUUUGUAUAAUAUGUGUAUAUUACCAAAUACUUAAUGUUAAAUUACAUUUUAAAGAGGUCUAUAUAUUCCUUUUUUCCUGCGAACAAGAUCCGUAGGAAACGAAUAUUGAUUACAGAAUGUACAAAUAUUACAAUUUGUUAAAUGUUUAAAAUAAUUGAAAAGAAAGGGAAAAAAAAAUAAAGAUAAGAUAAGACCAGGGACAAAUGAAAGUAUUUAGAAAAUUGGGCAGACUAGAUGGGCCGAAUGGUUCUUAUUUGCCGUCCCAUUCUAUGGAGGGACAGCGCCAGGGUCCUCCAGGCAAUAGAACCAAUUUGAGAUAAAAUGGUUAUAGUGAUCCAUUUAAGGUAAACUUGCAGUGUUAUUCACCAAAGUAAGAAUUGUCAGGGAUUUGAAGUAAAUUUUUAAGUUUAAGGCCACAAUAGCCUAAUUUGAGAAACUUUCAAAGCCAGCUAACCUUCCAGUUCAGCUAUGUUUGCCUUAAAUGUGAAAUUAACUUUGAAAUCAUUUUAGUAAAUGAUCUCGUGUAGGUGGCAGAUAUGGCACAGAUGUCUUGGUUCUAAUAAUUCCCAGGUUGCAACACUGCAGGUGAUAAGGCAGGUAAAUAUUACCAGUACACAGCUCCAGUGUAUUGUCAAGAACCGGUCCCCAAACUGCAACCAACCUUGCUGGUCAAUGUCUAAAUCGAGCCGAUUCCUGACACUGAUUCCUGCCUCCAGGUAUGCAGACAGGUGUGUACUCUGGCUCUGUGACAAAUUAGAUCAUCUAGCACCUGCACAGAACAGUUCUUGACGUUCUGUCUGUCUCUCUCCUCACAAAUACACCACCUCUCCGCAGUACAGUGCACACUGUCAUUGUCUGAGGCUGGGAGAACUUGCUCAAACACAUGACGAGAUUUCCCCUUCAUAAUAAUAAAGAAAAAAAUAACUUGUGCCAAAGAUUAAGAGAUAAUUUGGUUAACUCGGGCAUAUCCGCAGUCACCGCAUCUGUAAUUUCCAGACAGUGUGAAAAUGAAGUCACUCACUCACUAAAUAACUCCGAACAUUGCAACUUCGCCUAUUUUAAAGGCACAGUGAUUAGAGACACUUUCAAGGGCCUGGAUUUCACUCAAAACAUUUUAAGUAUUACAGAUAUACAAAAACCAUAUCAAUACAAUAGCGCAGGUAAUUUCUUUUUCUUUGGUUUUUACUGUGUGUAUUGGGGCUGAUGUGUACUACAGUCGUUGCUGCCGCCCAGGAGUAGUGGGAGUUUGAGCGCAGGACUUGGUUUUUGUAUAUUUGUAUUCACAUUUGUAUCACACAGCUAUGUUACAAAGCUGCCGCCCACCCCAUGUGUUCUGUAUUAAGGGUUAAUAAGUAUAUAGCAGUUUAGAAAAAUACCCCUCCAUUAUCUUGGUGACUGUCUCUCAGUCACUGCCAUUUUCAUAUAAUUUACCUCAUUUUAACCACCCUGUUUCAUGUCACUCUCUCUGCCUCACCAUGAUACUCCUCUGUCACAUUUCCGCUUUGUCUGUCUCAAAGCCCACCUUUUCUGUGUAUCUCUUCACCUACACUGAUCAGACACUACAUUAAAACCACUGACAGGUGACGUGAAUAACAUUGAUUACAUCGUUACAAUUGCACCUGUCAAAGGGUGGGGUAUAUUGGGCAGCAAGUAAACCGUCAGUUCUUCAAUUUUAUGUGUUGGAAGCAGGAAAUAUGGGACAGCGAAAAGACCUGCGUUACUUGGCCAAAUAGUGAUGGCUAAACGACUGGGUCAGAGCAUCUACAAAACAGCAGGUCUUGUUUGGUGUUCCCGGUAUGUUGUGGUUAAUACCUACCAUAAGUGGUGCAAGGAAGGACAACUGGUGAACCAGUGUCAGGGUCAUGGACACCCAGGGCUCACUGAUGCAUGUGUGCUGAACCGCAGAUUGGUCAAAGUGCACAUGAUGACCCCUUCCACCGCCGAAAACACCUUUUAAUGGAAUUGGUGAGCAUCAGUUCUAGACCAUGGAGCAAUGGCACAAGGUAGCCUUGUCUGAUGAAUAACGUUUUCUUGCGUUGUUUAACUUGGUUCUAAGAGAUGGCAGCUGGACACACUAUGGGAAGAAGGCAGGCUGGCAGAGGCAGUGUUAUCCUUUGGGCAAUGUUAUGCUGUAAAACCUUGAGUCCUGGCAUUAAUAUGGAUGUUUCUUUGACAUGUACCACCUACCUGGAGAUUGUUGCAGACCACGUACACAUCUUGAUGGUGUUCCCUCAUGGCAGGGGCCUCUUUCAGCAGGAUAAUACAUGUUCAGGAAUGGUUUGAGGAACAUGAUAAAGAGUUCAGCGUUGCCUUGGCCUCCAAAUUCUCCAGAUCUCAUAAACAGAACAACAAAUCUGAUCUAUGGAGGCCCCACCUCUUGCAAGACUUCAAGGAUCUGCUGCUAAUGUCUUGGUGCCAGAUAUUACAGGACACGUUCAGAGGUCUUGUGGAGUCCAUGCCUCAAUGCAGCAGACCUGUUUUGGCAGCACUAGGGGGACCUACAUAAUAUUAGGCAGGUGGUUUUAAUGUUGUGGUUUAUCAGUGUCUCCCCUGUGAUUUUUAGGGGGGGGGGUUUGUUUUUUUUCUUCUAACCCCUAAAGUCUAUCUCCCUAUCUCUCAGUUCCCUCUUAAUGUUUAUCUACUUCUGUUGGAUUGUGCAAGACUUUAAGAGAUGCUGGGUUUUGAUAUCUCUUAUAUCCCAGCACCAUCCAGCGCACACAGAACACAAGGAAGCACAUAGACAUAAAGUUAGUUGGGAAAUGCUCCGAGCUUGUAGUCCCAUUAUAGUCGUAGUUCUCUUAUUCUCCUCUGUAGCUCUUGGAUGUUGGUACUGGCCAGCUGCUAGCACAUGCUACAAACCUGAACGCACUAGUCAGAUCCUGAUGUUGGAAGUGUGCAGCUAAUUUCAAACACAUCCCCAUUGUACUAUCGCUCCACGGACCAGACAUGUGGGCCUGGUGGGCCAUAUCCAACCUGCAGCCAGGAUUGUCACCCCUAUUUCAUAGUAAUUUAAGAAAACGUAAUGAUUGAGGAAGAAAAAUGAUGUGGAAAUGCAUUGUGCUCUCUGUAUACAAAUUAAUUCUAAUCCAUUGUAUUGGGUAACCUGCAUGUGGUGUCACAUUUUACAAAGGAGGCAGUAAAAAUAAUGAACCUCCAUCCUUCUCUAGAUUUACAUUUGUAAAUCUAGAUUGUUCUGUAAAUGUGCAGCCGGUGUGUAACAUUGUAUUGCUGUGUACUCAGCAGGACAUACAGGAACACAAGAGAAAUCUCAUUGCAUCCUUCCUGGUGAAAUAUGUUCUAAAUAAAAUAAUUUGGAUACAUAUUGCCAGGGACAUAUAUUUUGCAACAUCUAAAGUAUAAACGAUAAUAGAACCAAAUAUAAGGAUCUAUAUGUGAAAAGCCGCCACUCCAGGCACACUCCAAUAAAGCCUAUGAAGACAAAUAUAGACAAAUGAUGGGUACAGUAUAUAACCCACCAAAUGAGGGCGCUAGACACUAAAGAUACAGAGAUAUAGAGGAAGUAUAAAUAUGAAUACACAACAAUAGAAGAUCAAAAACUCUCCAUGAAAACGUAUAUACAAUAUAACGAGGCAGUACUAUUACAAGACCAGGGAACAAAUGCCCGGCACCAAUCACUAAACCAACCCCAUCUUUUGUCUGUAUUCGUCUUCAUAUGCUUUAUUGGAGUGUGCCUAGAGAGUGGCGGCUUUUCACAUAUAGAUCCUUAUAUUUGGUUCUAUUAUCAUUUUAUACUUUUUAUGAUUUAUAAACACUCCUCGGGUACUUUCUUUUUUUCUUGUUAGUUUAGUGGUUGGUACCGGGCAUUUGUCUUGUCUUGUAAUAGUACUGCCUCAUUAUAUUGUGUAUAUACUUUUUCAUUGAGAGUUUUUGAUGUCCUAUUGUUGGGUAUUCCUAGUAUAUUCCCACAAUAAAGCCUUGAUAUAUUUUUAAUAUAUUCCAUUUUGUGCAUCAUAUUUAUACUUCCUGUAUAUCACUGUAUCGUUAGUGUCUAGCGCCCUUAUUUGGUGGGUUAUAUACCCAUCUUUUGUAACAUCUGACUAGGCCUAAGAGGAUGGAGAGGUGUCAGGAUUUGGGUAGUUUUUUUUUUUUUUCAAUCCUGUCCGCUUAAUUAGAACAGGUGCAGUUGAAUAAGGGCAGUGGGUGAUGGUAUAUGGAGUGCUGUACCGAUACCUGCUGAGUGUUACAGUAUAGCACAUCCCAGUGAUGGGAGUGAUUGAGGGGGGGGGGGACAGGAUAAAGAUAGACCGUGAUAGCUGAUUCACAGAUCCCCUACCUCCUCACUGCUAGAGACGUAGGACUGCAGGGUGACUAUAGCCUCCUCACCUCACCCCCAGUUCUGAGUCAGCCGGCACAGGUAAACUGCAAAGGGGGAGUGAGAGAGAUGUCUUCAUUGUGUGUAUGUGACUAAUCUAUGUAUGUAUGUAUGUAUGUGUGUGUGAUUUAUGUGACUGUGGGUGGUUAUGUGACUAUAUGUGAUUGUGUGUCAAUGUAUGCAAGUUCAAAUUAAUAUAUCAGGUGCAGCCGGGUACAUUAAUGCAUAUUCCAUAAGUAACAAUCCCUAUUAAAUAUAUUGGUUUAUCAAAAUAUUAUCAGAAUAUUUACGGUAAGUGGACAUGCAAUGCUUGUUUCUUGCAAAAUAACAUCCAAUGUUUGUCUUUGUUUUCCUUUUUUUUCUUUCCACUAUUUCAUUGUUUAUGUUGCUGUAUAAAUAUAGUCUAAAAAAAAAUAAUAAAAAAAAAAAAAAAAAUUAUUAUUUCAAAUUAAUCUUAAAUGGAAUUUUAAAUGGUUUUUCAUAACAUUGUCUUGACCGUAAGAUAACAUGAAAUAUCCACUUUAAUUGCACUAAUUACUAAAUACAGAAAUUGGGGCUUUCCUAUUCUUUAAUACAUCCUAUCCGUGAAUUGAAAAAAUGCUAAAUAAAUGUUCACCCUGUCUUUCAAUCACAGGGGACCCUGAUUCCUGUAAGCAGAUUGUUAGUGCCGACAUUGUACGCAAUGCCGACUGGGAGCGUUCUUCCUGUACGCUGAACUUCCAUGUUUUGGGUAAGUCAAGUCAUGUGCCCCAUCUUCGUUUUACACAGCGCCCGUCAGGGGUGUGUAUUCAUAAUGAGGUGUUAGAGGGCAUGUUCACAAUUCUAUUUUUAAUGGUUUAAACGUUUAUAGAAUAUUUUUCCCAGUUGACGCCUAAAUGUCAUGUGGUUUUGUCAGACUGUGAGCAGCGGAGUUUAGAAAACAAACUUUCAAUGCUAAAAUAACAAACCAUCAAACAACUACAUCCAUAUAGUAGGUGAUCUCUAUUUAAAGAGCUCCUGUCUCCUAAUGUUGUUUUGCCAAAAAAAAAAAAAUAAUUUUAUAUGUUCAUUCACUUGCUGGUAAAUAAUGAAAACACUCAAAUUAGCUUUACUAAAUUAAAUUAAUGGGUUUUUUUUUUUUUUUUUUUUUUUUUUUUUUUGGAGGGGGGGGAUUUUUUGCCAAAGCAAUAUGCUGUUAUUAACCCAUUCACUACUGAUAGCUUGCUUGCAAUGUUAAUAUAUAAAAAGAUUUCCUUAACCCCUGGUCUUAAUUAAAAAUAAAAAUAAAACAAAAAAACUAAUAAAAGGGUUAAUAACCCUGAUUUGUUGAUAGGAAUGAUCAGCUGCCUUUCUCCGCAUCCUUUGUAUUAAUGUACGUACAUGCAGCCACAACUAUGUAUUUUUUAUUUUUUUUUUAUUUUCUUCUUUUGGUAAAGCACAGUAUGACCUCAGAUACAUUCGUGGUGAGGCAGUGAGUCAAAGACACAUGUGUGCACAUAGGCAGAAGAUGGAUAAGCCAGUGUUUAAAGGAAAUUGUAGCGUAGGGAAAUCCUUGAGUGUUGGAUAAUAAAUGUAUAUUUAGUAAUUCUGUGUGUAAGUACCACGAGUGGCUUGCUGGAGACUGUACGGCCUCCGAUCUUUCUUGGGCUGCCUGUGUAGAAUGAAAUUGCAGAACACAACAACCAGGUAACAGACUCUCUGUCACCACUGUGAGCUCUAAAUUGCCUCUAAAGAUGUUUAAAUUAAUCCAUUAGAACGAUUAAACUCUUUCCACUUCAGGAUCAGUUUAAAAUGCAUCUUGCAUAAGCGUUUCUAAUUACGGAUGCUGUACAGUAGUCCAGGCAAUGCUGAUGCGCAUUCUGCCAUGGCGUUGCCCGUUCCCACUAGAGUACCAUCAGUAUUCCACCAUUGGAUUUCCCCUGCCCCCCCAGUAUACCACCACUGUGGUAUAACUACCAGUAUGUCUUUGCUGGUUUCCCCAUGCACACCCACCACUAUACCAUCCCAGGCUCACUACAGCAUGAAGCUCUUUACAGACCGCACAGUAACUUAUAACCUAGGGUAAAUAAUGGGUCUCUACAUAGAGGGCGUAGAUUUUCACAGGCUCGGGAUCUAGAUAAGUAAUGUAUUAUACACCACGUGCCCUGCAGCCUAUAAUUAUAAGGUGUUGUAGUUUAUCUUGCGUGUGCCCCACUAUGCAAAAAAACUUUUUUUUUUAUUUGUUAAAUGCCACGAAAUUGCAACUUCCAACUUCCUCCUCAAUAUGUUUGACAUACGUGUGUUGAUUGGUAGAACUAUAGCAGGGAGUGGGGAGGAAGAAUACGUGUAAUUUUUUUAAGGUGAUAAUUACAUGAUUGGGAGACAGACUUGAUGUAAGACCGGUAUUGAAAACAGCACUAAGCCAGCAAGCUUGAGGGAUCUGACUAAUGGGUCUUUUAUUGACAAGCAGGAGAUGCGUGGAGGUGGAAUAUGAGAGAUGAGAAUCUCAGCUUUAGAAAGAUUUUUUUAUUUUUUAGGAAACAGUUUAGUGAUAAAUAAGGGACAAAUACUUAUCAAUCUUCGUAUGUCAGGACAUGGCUGAAUUCUAUUUAGUAGUAUAUCUGUUUAUCGAGCAUCUCUGUGAAAGUGUUUGAGGGUUUAAUAUCUGCGCUGUUUUGCAGCACUAGGCAAUAUCUGUUGCAGAACUAAACGUCAUGUGAUGGUAUGCUAAACUCUCAGUGCAUCGCUGUUACUUUAGCUACACGAAAGCAGGAGCAUUGUAUAUAUAUAUUUUUUUAUUCUUUAUUUAGGAUCCGUCAGUAGAAAAGACAUAAUACAGUAUACAGUAGUUUAUCAUCUAAAUCAAACAAUUUAUGCCUCCCCACUGUCUGUUUUUCUUUAUUUAAAAAUAUAAGGAUAGUAAAGAUUAACAAAGAAGGAAAGAAAAAUUAGCACAAGAAUGAGAGUCGCUGUGGGAGGAGAGUUAUCGUCUAACCUUAUUGUAAGCUAUGGUUUGUAAAACCUGCCCCUACCCUUUAUGGGGAAAAUCUGAUCUCUUUCUACGCAGGAAAAUUAAUAAAAAAUGAAAGCGGAUUCUUUCUCCUUAAUAGUUAUAACAACCUGAACUACAGAGUGCUUAAGAAAAAUUACUUAAUUUGAUGAAGCUGAAGCACAUUUCAAGGAGAUCUGAAGGUCGGGCAGGUAGACAGUCUGAAUCGGUCUGUCCUUUUUGUCCUCUGAAGCCUUUAAUUAUGGGUCACUUCUACACGUGAGACAGAACACUGUAGCACAGUAACUGAUCUAACUAUAUAUAACAUGAAUGAAAAGAGCAGGGGAAAUCACACAGAAUAAUACACUGAUAAGUACACAAAUUAAAAAUGGAUCAAAAUAACCUUGGAAUGCAAAGUUCCAGAAUUCUAAAUAAUUAAUACUGUACUCACACAAAAUAGCACCGUACUCCGGGGAUAAAGGAAAAUAGCUGACUGGCACAGUGAGUACUUAAAGGGACAGGCACUGAACUGAAAUUUAAACACAAAACUCCUUGCACAAAUUACCACUGGUGACGUGACCAGACACUUCCUCUCGGAGUACAUUUGUAAUGAACAUUUGACACAAAGGCACAUUAUUAUGUUCUUAUCUAAUGAUUACAGAGUAUCUUACUUCUAGAGCAGGGAUGGUCUAAAAGUACAUCUACAAAUGUUACCUUGCCUGCCUUUAGGACCUAGACGUUUCUCUCCAAGCUGGGAUCCUUGGAAGUAAGAUUCUAUAGGUGUACCGAUUUUUGUGUAUGAAAACAAACAGAGCAGCGUAACAUUACUUGGUUUAUUCUGAUUUCCUAGUAAAAACAGACAACCUCCUAGGAUAUUACAGAGUCAUUGUGAGCCGGUUUUAAUAUUUGAUAUACUUUACAAUACGUCCAAAUUGGCCUCCUUUUAAUACCAUAGAGCAGGGGUUCUCAACCCAGUCCUCAAGGACCCCCUACCAGUCCAGGAUUUAGGGAUUACCUGUGUGUGUCUAAGGUGUUGUUGUUUUUUUUUUUCUUAACACCUUAGAUACACCCAGGUAAUCCCUAAAUCCUGGACUGGUAGGGGGUCCUUGAGGACUCGGUUGAGAACCCCUGCAAUAGAGCCUCAUACCAAUAUUUGUUUCAAUGUUAAUAUCUAUAAUAGAAAGCAGUUACAAAUCUGUUUUGUGUCCUCGAGGAUCCAGUCUGUGGUAUCUACACCUGGUACACUCCAUCCAUUUUUCCACCUUAACUCUAAGGUCUGUUCUUUCUAGGAAUAUGGCCUGACGGAGCUGAUGGCACAGACCUUAAUUCUGUGACGCGUUCGCAUGACAAGAAACUUUUGGCCACUGGUGAUGAUUUUGGGAAAGUCCGUCUGUUCAAUUACCCAUGCGUGGUGCCACGGGUAAGACAUGGAGAGCUUUGUGCCAAAAUACGUUUCAUGUAUGAUUCUUGCUGUAGAAAAGAAAGUAGAAUAUAUGUUAUAAAUAACUUUAGGUUAGUUAGACCAUUGGAUUGUGAACUAUAAAACUUCAAGUUUAACUUUCUGGCCUAUAAUGCCCCCACUCCAGGAGCCUCUGAGCACGUCUAAUCUUGGAUGUACUCUAUAUUAAAGAUUCAGUCUCUAUCAUGAUUGUUUAACCUGUGUCCUAUGCCAUAGCCUAUUCUGGACACCAUACUUCACAAAAUAUGACCAUUGGAAUGCAUCUUGAGACCUAGCUAACACUGUUAAAUAAGCAGGAGUGAGAACAAAAUGUGAUAAAAUUCCACUGGCUAAUGUAAACUUACUCUUAACUAUAAUUUUACAUAUCUCAAGCAGGACAUUGGUAAAGAUUCACCUUAUAUGCUGAAAGUAAGGCUUUAAUUUGUAGAGUAGAACCAGUGCCGCGACGAGACCUAAAGGGAGGAAACUAUCCAGUCCAUGCUUGGUUUCUGGUCAAUGCUCCUUUUGAAUUACAGCCCAUGCUUUGAUUUAAAAAAAUCUGCAUUUAAAGUAGUGAGGGUUUGUUACCUUUUAUACCCCCAACAUUAGUUAGAUGUAAAGCAGAAACACGUGUUUUAAAUCUCAGAUACACCCACGCAGCUUCUAAUGAUUUUGUACAGGUUUUGGAAACAUGACUUGCCUUCUCUCUUAUUUCAGGCUCCCAGCUUUAAAUACGAUGGGCACAGCAGUCACGUGACCCGUGUCUCCUUCCUGUACGAUGACAGUGCUUUGCUUUCCACUGGUGGGAAAGACAGUACAAUACUUCAGUGGACAGUUCUGUGACCUGCACAACUGUAGAGCACUUCGACCAUCUCCCACAGACUGUCUUACUCACCCUGUCAUGUUUUGUUUUCCUCUUGUGUGUUUCACCCCAGCCUGCAGAGAAUAUUGCACCCCUUUAGCAUUGUCCAGCACCCCCACCCACCCCUCAGCCUGCUCAGCGCCUUAUCUGGGUCCACGGAAUGCCGUCUCCCACCUUUCCACAGAGCGCUGUAAACUGUCUCCUUGUCUUUUCAACACCCCGCUAUCUCAUUCUCUUGCAGAUUCUGUCACACUUUGCUGUUGAACAGAGCUCUUUAGCUAAAGCUUAAAGGCUGGAUGUGGCCCUCAGAGGCUUCUCGUUGAGUUUCAGUUACUUAAUGCCUACUGAGGUUUCAUUAGAUUACUUAGAUAUGGUUUUAGUUUGGUUUGUCUCUGUUACAGCUCUUUUCAUUGAAAUGCUGGACCGUACUGCUGUAGCAAUUUGCAGCAGGUGGUCUCGUACAGGGACCCAUAGGCCUGUAGACUGUUUCACUCUGAAUUGCAUCUAAAUCUCACUAUCCAUAGACCAGACCCUCAGCAACCCCUGUAAUUCCUGCAGCCGGUAUAGUUUUUCCAUGGAUGGUUUUUAAGGUGCUGCUAUUGAUAAAGCACAGCAAUAAAAAGUCUAACAGUGUGAGUGUCUCAUUCAAUAAAGUUUUUCUUUCUGAGUUUCCCUGUGUUUACAUAAAAUAAUAAUAAAAAUAAUUCAUUUUGAAGUUUGA